AUGCCACGUCAACUGCAUAGCAUACAGCAAAAUUUGUUGAAGACACAAUUGGCGCGCGUUAAGCUCGGCGCGGUCGGUGGCGAUGCGCGUUUAAAGAGUUUCGAUUCGAACGCCAGCGCGCUUACCAACGCCACAGACUCGUCAUCCUCUACUUUGGCUACCUCAACGACGACGACAACAACAACAACAACAGGUGGCACCAAUAAAACAAACAAUUCGAAUGGCACCACUUUUGUGGGUAGUGAGUUGGACGAAGACGAUCCCCUACAGCAGCUGACCGUCAAGAAUAGACAGCUAGCUGCAUCUUAUGGCGCAAUUUUCCAACAUCUCGUUUUUCUCGAUCUCUACGACAAUCAAAUCGAACGCAUAGGCAACUUGGACGGCCUUCCCGCGCUCUCCGUGCUGUUGCUGGGCAAAAACCGUCUCACCGAUAUCAGCGGUCUUAGCUCUGUGAAGCAAACGCUACGCGUGCUCGAUCUGCAUGGCAAUAAAAUCACCAGCAUCGCCGGUAAGCUGAAUUGUCUGCAGGAGCUUAAGUCGCUCAAUCUGGCUGGCAAUUUGCUACGUCAAAUAGGUCACAAUGAUUUUUGUGGACUGGGGCAAUUGCGCGAAUUAAAUUUGAAGCGUAAUAAAAUCAAGCGCAUCAAUGGAUUUCAAUAUCUCACAGCAUUGGAACGUCUUUGGCUGUGUCACAACGAGCUGCAUCGCGUCGACGACAUGGCUUCGAUUGCCAAGGCAACACAGUUGUUGGAGGUAACCAUUGAGAAUAAUCCCGUUUCGCUGGCGGGCGAUUGUGUCUCAUUCUUGGUCAGCUACUUACCUCGCCUGCAAUCGCUCAGUCAGAUGCCCAUCACCGAGCAGGUACGCAACGCUGCAAUGUCUUGGCGAAGAAAUAAAGAGAUUUCAGAUACGCAUUAUGCCCACCUUUCGCCCGACGCCUACCAGAGUAUCAAGCGCGAGGAGGUUAUCUCGAAUGCGCGCACGAAUUGGGAGUUGCUAAGGUCACAGCAAACGAUACAGCAAUACGGUGCAACGCAUAAACAGACAUCACAACAGCCACCACAACUUCUAUCCACUUACACAACAGCGCCACGUAUUGCGAAGCCCAGCGAACUGGCGCGUAUAAAUGAAUCCAAUGAGGCAGUGGGCGAUGCAUCGGCAGAGGGUGCGUUGCUUGUGGCUGGAUUUGAAUCAGGAUUGCAAGAAUUUAUUAAAUUGCCGCCUAUAGAGCAGCAGCAACAAAAGCAUCAACACAAACCGCGCAGUGAGUUACAGCAGACACAGACAGGGACACCGAAAUCAGGACAGUCGGCAUCAAUUGCGCCUAAUGCGGUUGGCAAAGAGAAGUCAACAACAACAACACUCAUCAGACAGCAACCACAUAAUGUGAGCAACAUGGCCAAGUGCGACGAAAGCAAGAGCAACAACAAUGUUGACAAUACAACAACAGGCAGCAACAACAACAGCGCACGUUGUUCCGGUUCUUCCGGGUCCAGUUUGGGGCCGAAUGUUCACUCCUCGUCCAGCUGCUUCAGUUCGGACAACGAGGACUCCACCGACCCGCAACAACGCGUCACGCGCAUACACAAAUGCCAGAAGGUAGCUGGCCAACAGCAGCGACGUGAUGCAGAAAAAGAAGUUGCGUGUGAAAAUGCUGCUGUAAAGGGCAAAAGCAAAAAAGCCGCGGCACAGAAGACAAAAACAAUCGACGAUGAGGCCACGCCUGCCAACAAACUAAAUGGCGGCGCUGAAGGAGACGAACCAAUAUCUAAUAUAACCGGCAGCAAAGUGACCACUGGGUCAGAAUUGAAGGCGAAUAGAGUUACCGCAAUUCAUACAUCAAUUGAUGCCCAAACAACAAACUCCGACAAUGUAAAUUUUCCGACAGACAAACAGCCAUCAAGUACAGCUGCAGAAGAAAGUGCUACAGCGAAGGCCGCCGCCGAGUCUCAGUCAGUCAGUCAGGUGGACAAUAACUCCUCAAUGCUAAUGCCGCGCCGCACUGCCAGUGCCAGCAAAACAAUGGCGAUGCCACAACAGAAAGCAGCAACAACAGCCACAAUUGCAAGCGCAUCCACAGCACAAAUUACUGGCCACGGCAGCUUACUAAGUCUGGGAUUUAAAGAGCACACGAGCGCAUCUGUGCAGCCGUCACAACCAACAAGCAGCAAUGCAAACGGCACGGCAACGGGGCAAGCGGCGCCAGGCAGCGCAACAACGCGUACAACAUGUCGCCGCCUAAUGAGGUCACAGACAGUCGUGGGCGCCAGCAGUGGUGGCAUAAAUAACUGCUUACCAGCCGCAGCUAAUAACGGAAAUGAAGCGUACGCCAAUAGACGCACAGCAAACACCAACAACAACAACAUCAACAAAGUCACCACAAAUGCCACGUCGGCAACGACAACAGCAACAACAACAACGCCAUGUAACGGUCAAGUGCCAACUCAGCCGACAGUCACAUGCAUAGUGGCGCCGCCGCCACUUAGCACAGGCAACACUACAAAUAACAGCCACCACUCCAUGUUGGGUGGCCAACGCGCAACGGCGGCAAACAAGGCGGAACGUGAGGCGCGCGAACGUGAGCGGGAACGUGAACGAGAACGCGAGCAGGGCGGUGACUAUCUCAUUGAGAUUUGUGGUCGCUACCUGAACGUGUAUGGACAGGGCGCACUGCGCUACAUCGACAAGCAAUGGAAUGCAGCGAAGGCGCAGGAUGUGCAUACGCUGAAUUUUAGCUACAUCAAUUUUAACAAUAUAGCCGCUACAGUGUUGGCGCGCGUCAAGUCACGCUUUCCAAACGCCGAGAAUUUCGUAUUUCGCGAAACAAACAUCGAGAUUAUUGGUCAGUUGAAUGCAUUAGCCGAACUGCAAGGCAUCAGUACGCUUACCAUCGAUCCAGAGGGAAAUGCAAUUACCACAAAGGAUUUGUGGCGCGAAUAUGCCAUUUAUCGUCUGUCGCACUGGGGGCUUAAGCUGAUCAAUGGCGUUGCGGUCACGGAGGCGGACAUCGAGGCGUCGAAUGCAUUGUACGAAGGUCUCGCCGAUUUGGUGUUGUGGGCGAUGCCGGCGACGAUGUUGCAGCCGCUGUUGGCUCGUUUGCGGCUAGAUGAAACAUGUACGGCCAGCAAAAUGUCGCCUAAAGAUUGGCUAAUGAAGCCGGAAAACAAAUCAUUGCGCCUGGUGGUCGGCAAAGAGGCGUUGCAGUGGAAAAAGCCUACAACUACCAACAAUAAUAACAACAGCAACAAUGGCAAUAACAAUAGCGCCAGCGGACAUCACCAACAACAAAUGCCAUAUGCCGUAAGCGAUGCCAGCGUCAGCAGCGCCAACAUCAAUGCGCUUAGUGUGCGCGAACGCGGACGCCUACACUUUGCCACCAUGAUCGAAAACACUGUGAAUGCAGUGGAGAAAAUGCAUAUGCUGGAAUCACUGUGGCCAAGUAUGCUGCUGGAUAUUGUGCGAAAUGCGUUGCUCGAUUACUCGCAUCUCGACGAAUAUUUACGCAAUUUAAUGGACGAAAUUAUGAAGUGACAAUGGAAAAACAAGCGCCUAGCUUUUACAACUUGUGGAGAGUGGCGAAUGAAGAAGCUGUUAAGUGGCUUGUUGGCCAAGGGCGGCAAUUACGCGCGAGUACAUACAUACAUACGUAUGUAUAUAACUAGUCACGGCUGACAGAUGUUAAUGAUGCCUCUACUACCUGGAUGACAACGUAUGUAUUUGUUGUUCAUUUGCCAGGGUAAUCGUUGCCCACGAUAUGCAAUAGUGCAAUAGAUUUAGUGAAUACAUACAUACACUUUAGAGAAGCCAAAAAGAGACGGCGUACAUAUACACAUAUGCGGAUGUACAUAUACUAAAGUUACAUAUAUAAUG